GUGGGGGGGUGAGGGAGUCAGAGGUCGAAGCGAGUCGGGGAGGCUCGCUGGCCUGCGGAAGUGAGGCUGGGGGCCCGGGCACCACUUUCUCCUUUUUAGGUCGUGACUGGGGUGGGGGUGGGGGUGCUGUUGGCUGUGCGCCGCCUCCCGGCUGGGCCGCCUGUCACUGAACUGGGGGGCGGGCGGGAACUGCGGCCCCAACAGCAGCAGGCGCCGCCAGGGGAAGGGGAGGUUUGGCGCUGGAGCUGGCCCCUGGCGGACCAAGCUCUGGCCCGGCCGACUGGACGCCCGGGGCUGGGGGGUGCUGUCAGGCCUCGCUGGGGCGCCCCUCCCCCUCCCCCGUCUGGCCGCAAUGAGAGGCAGAUGGCGGGGACCGAGCCGGGGGCGGCGGCAGCCGCUCGCACGAAUCCGCGCUGCCCGCUGCCCCCCUUCUCCCGGCUGGGCCCGGCACGCAUCACCCCCUCGGCUGCACCUCCGCCCCCAGAUGGCGGGGAGAGAGGGAGGAGCCACCUCCCCUCGUCACCACAGCCCUGACGCCCCCCUCCCCUCUGGCCACGGUUGCGAUGGCAACUGGGGCUCCUGCCAGCGCCGUUUGGGGGUUUGAGAACCGCUGCUAAUUGGGUUCAUGUGUGAGUCGCCCCCAGUCCAGCCCAGUGCCUCAAGAAACACGCCUCCAGGCCCAGCCCCAGCUCCAGCCCCUCUGGACCCACCUCUCUCACCUUAAGACCCACCGGAUCGGGUACCCUCGGUCCCAAGAUCCGGGGGCCAGUGGGCAAAGGCCUGGCAUGCCUGCUUCAAUCUCCUCCAUCUUCCCAGGUCCAACUCUGCUUUUGUCUUGUGGCUCAGAAGAACUGGACUCAGAGGAUGCCCCGCCAUGCUGCCGUCUGGCCUUGGGGGAGCCCCCUCCCUAUGGCGCUGCACCUAUCGGUAUUCCCCGACCUCCACCCCCUCGGCCUGGCAUGCAUUCGCCACCGCCGCGCCCAGCCCCCUCACCUGGCACGUGGGAGAGCCAGCCUGCCCGGUCGGUGAGGCUGGGAGGACCAGGAGGGGGUGCUGGGGGUGCUGGGGGUGGCCGUGUUCUCGAGUGUCCCAGCAUCCGCAUCACCUCAAUCUCUCCCACGCCGGAGCCGCCGGCAGCGCUGGAGGACAACCCUGAUGCCUGGGGGGACGGCUCUCCUAGAGAUUACGCCCCACCAGAAGGCUUUGGGGGCUACCGAGAAGCAGGGGGCCAGGGUGGGGGGGCUUUCUUCAGCCCAAGCCCUGGCAGCAGCAGCCUGUCCUCGUGGAGCUUCUUCUCCGAUGCCUCUGACGAGGCAGCCCUGUAUGCAGCCUGCGACGAGGUGGAGUCUGAGCUAAAUGAGGCGGCCUCCCGCUUUGGCCUGGGCUCCCCGCUGCCCUCGCCCCGGGCCUCCCCUCGGCCAUGGACCCCCGAAGAUCCCUGGAGCCUGUAUGGUCCAAGCCCCGGAGGCCGAGGGCCAGAGGAUAGCUGGCUACUCCUCAGUGCUCCUGGGCCCACCCCAGCCUCCCCGCGGCCUGCCUCUCCAUGUGGCAAGCGGCGCUAUUCCAGCUCGGGAACCCCAUCUUCAGCCUCCCCAGCUCUGUCCCGCCGUGGCAGCCUGGGGGAAGAGGGGUCUGAGCCACCUCCACCACCCCCAUUGCCUCUGGCCCGAGACCCUGGAUCCCCUGGUCCCUUUGACUAUGUGGGGGCCCCACCAGCUGAGAGCAUCCCUCAGAAGACACGGCGGACUUCCAGCGAGCAGGCAGUGGCUCUGUCUCGGUCUGAGGAGCCUGCCCCAUGCAAUGGGAAGCUGCCCUUGGGAGCAGAGGAGUCUGUGGCUCCUCCAGGAGGUCCCCGGAAGGAGGUGGCUGGCAUGGACUACCUGGCAGUGCCCUCCCCACUCGCUUGGUCCAAGGCCCGGAUUGGGGGACACAGCCCUAUCUUCAGGACCUCUGCCCUACCCCCACUGGACUGGCCUCUGCCCAGCCAAUAUGAGCAGCUGGAGCUGAGGAUCGAGGUGCAGCCUAGAGCCCACCACCGGGCCCACUAUGAGACAGAAGGCAGCCGUGGAGCCGUCAAAGCUGCCCCUGGCGGUCACCCCGUAGUAAAGCUCCUAGGCUACAGUGAGAAGCCACUGACCCUACAGAUGUUCAUCGGCACUGCAGAUGAAAGGAACCUGCGGCCUCAUGCCUUCUAUCAGGUGCACCGUAUCACAGGCAAGAUGGUGGCCACGGCCAGCUAUGAAGCCGUAGUCAGUGGCACCAAGGUGUUGGAGAUGACUCUGCUGCCUGAGAACAACAUGGCGGCCAACAUUGACUGCGCCGGAAUCCUGAAGCUUCGGAAUUCAGACAUUGAGCUUCGGAAGGGUGAGACGGACAUCGGGCGCAAAAACACACGUGUACGGCUGGUGUUCCGGGUACACGUGCCCCAGGGCGGCGGGAAGGUCGUCUCAGUACAGGCAGCAUCGGUGCCCAUCGAGUGCUCCCAGCGCUCAGCCCAGGAGCUGCCCCAGGUGGAGGCCUACAGCCCCAGUGCCUGCUCUGUGAGAGGAGGCGAGGAACUGGUACUGACUGGCUCCAACUUCCUGCCAGACUCCAAGGUGGUGUUCAUUGAGAGGGGUCCUGAUGGGAAGCUGCAAUGGGAGGAGGAGGCCACGGUGAACCGACUGCAGAGCAAUGAGGUGACGCUGACCCUGACUGUCCCCGAGUACAGCAACAAGAGGGUUUCCCGGCCAGUCCAAGUCUACUUUUAUGUCUCCAAUGGGCGGAGGAAACGCAGUCCUACCCAGAGUUUCAAGUUUCUGCCUGUGAUCUGCAAAGAGGAGCCCCUACCGGACUCAUCUCUGCGGGGCUUCCCUUCAGCAUCGGCACCCCCCUUUGGCACUGACAUGGACUUCUCACCACCCAGGCCCCCCUACCCCUCCUAUCCCCAUGAAGACCCUGCUUGUGAAACUCCUUACCUAUCAGAAGGCUUCGGCUAUGGCAUGCCCCCUCUGUACCCCCAGACGGGGCCCCCACCAUCCUACAGACCGGGCCUGCGGAUGUUCCCUGAGACUAGGGGUACCACAGGUUGUGCCCAACCACCUCCAGUCUCCUUCCUUCCCCGCCCCUUCCCUAGUGACCCGUAUGGAGGGCGGGGCUCCUCUUUUCCCCUGGGGCUGCCAUUCUCUCCUCCAGCCCCCUUUCGGCCUCCUCUUCCUGCAUCCCCACCGCUUGAAGGCCCCUUCCCUUCCCAGAGUGAUGUGCAUCCCCUACCUGCUGAGGGAUACAAUAAGGUAGGGCCAGGCUAUGGCCCUGGGGAGGGGGCUCCGGAGCAGGAGAAAUCCAGGGGUGGCUACAGCAGCGGCUUCCGAGACAGUGUCCCUAUCCAGGGUAUCACGCUGGAGGAAGUGAGUGAGAUCAUUGGCCGAGACCUGAGUGGCUUCCCUGCACCUCCUGGAGAAGAGCCUCCUGCCUGAACCACCUGAACUGUCAUCACCUGGCAACCCCAGCCCCAGCCUCAGCCCUGCCCCCUUUCCCUCCUUCCCGGAGUGGUGGCUACAGAAGCUUGGGGCCAACCCUGGCUCCUCUUUCCCCAGCUUCUGUCUGUCUCACUGUCUUCCCUCCCCUCCCCUCCCCCAGCUGAGGUGUGGCCUUCAGGCCUGGUGCUGCCUUGGAGGGCUGGGGGUAGGAGUGUGUGGAGGAGGGUGGAGGGUGAAGACUGAGGCUAGGUGCCAGAAUGGACUGGAGUGAAGGCGUGUCUAGAGUGUGGGCUGGCUGUUGUGCUGGAAAGCUGGGGACAGGCUGAUGGUAAUAAACUGCUCAAUGACCAGUG